CUCCAUUUGUGCAUUAUUUCCCCACAAACAACACAACCUUUCACCUCCAUAAUUGUUUUAAAGAUCCAAAGCAAAGAAAAAUGGCCACAAGUCAAAACUCUCAACCAUCUCUCCCUUUACACCUCUGUUUCUUCCUACUUACCCUUCUAAUCUUCCUUGGUUUCUCAUGGUACUCAAACUAUGAACCAAUAAUUGAUAGCAUAAUGGAUCAAGUAAAGAUGGUUCUAAUGAUUUCACCACUUCUUCUUCUCAUAGUUCUUCACUUUCUUUCAAACUAUGGUGAUGGAGGUCUUUUGUCUUCUUUAAUUCCUUUGCCAGAGAAAGAAUCACUUCAUAGAGCUGGUGGAACUCCUUGGGGUGUUGGAUUGUUUCUUGUUCUUCUUCUUUUCAUGAUAUCUUAUCAAUCUUCCUUUCAAGAACGUUGGUUUCCUCUUCUCAGCAGGUGAAGUUAAGGAGUGAUAUGAUAUGAAACUUUAUUUGUAAUUAGUUACUAUAGGCAAGUGAGUUCUCUGUUUUUUAUGAAAUGAGAUUUGACUUGUUUUAUUUUAAUGUUUUAAUCUUUCUUGGUUUUUGUAAUUUUUGUAAGUUACAUGAGUAAGUAUUUUUGUAAUCUAAGGUGUAUUUAUAAGGACUUGGUGAAUCUAAUUUGCUAAUUCACUGAUGCCUGGUAUUCUGAUAUA